AAGAAGAAGAACAUUUCCGGCGGAAGUAAACAACAACGCGCUAACAGCGUUACCUCUACAGCAGGCUCUCAGUAGUACUGAUUGUCUAUUCUUUAUAUAAUCUAUAUAUUAUAGAAUCUAUUUGAUACUUGCUCCACGGAGCCCUUAUUUUAAGCACUUAUGAUUACGUCACAGUUGCCGCCAUUUUGGAUGUAGCUCUGAGUAGAGAAGAAGAAGAUGCCUCAUUCAUGUUCUGCCUUGAGUUGUUGUAACCGCUGUACCGCUCAAACCAGAGCCAGCGGCAUUACCUUUCACAGGUAAGAAUGGAAACAUGCUUCUUGUCGUGUUACUUAAACUUUUGCAUCAACCUAACUGUUCACUAACGUGUCUUUGUUAAACAAACGAGUCUGACUCUUCUGCUCAAACAUGGUCACAACCCUCACUCUCAACUGACGUGACGACAACGCAGCAGCUGACCAAUCCGCGGUCGCAAUUUGAAUCCAGUGAAACGCCCCUUACCUGGAGGAACGGAAGCCAUCUUUACCUCCGACAUAAUUGGCGGGGUUUCUCAUUGCGAACGCAGAAAUUUGGUGCAAAAUAAAAGGGAAUCAUGGUUAAACGUUGUCAGUGGGGAACGUGCAACUCCGACACCCGGUACCCGGAGCGCUUAGAGGGCGGGAUACACUUUAUUCCGUUUCCCAAACCCAAACGGAGUCUGGAAAAAUGUAAACGAUGGAUAAAAGCCUGCGGCCGACCUCAUAACCGCCUGAAUGAAACAAUGAUCAAUGGAAACUACCACAUGUUCGUCUGUACGAAGCAUUUUCCUGAAGGCAAACCAACAGACAGAUUUCCAGAUCCGGUUUCUUUUGAUCCCAAAGCCUCCAAAACCUCCAAACCAGUCAGGCGUCCCCGGGACCGGCGCCACGGAUCCCCAGCAUCAAAACAAGGAGACACACUUAGCCACUUAGGUGAAACCCUCCAGAGUGAGAAGAACCCAGGCCGCCGCUCUGAUGCUGCUGUUAAGACUUCUUCACCAAGGUUUUCUGCAUGGGGAAAGCUGGAACUGAUGGCUGAAAACGAGGCUUUGAAACGACGGCUGAAAGCAGAUCAAGAGAUUUAUGCCAAGAAGAUUUCUGAACUGGUGCUGAAAAACAAACUUCUUCAGCGGGAAAACAUGAAGCUCCGGAAGAAUCUUCAUGGAAGGACACAAAAACAACAUUCAGCAGGAAGCAUCGUAGCAGCCGACACAUGGGGACCCUCUGCAGAGCAGCUGGAACAAAUGUUUCCAAAAGAGAGCGUGCGCAGGAAGCAGUGGGAAGUGGCUGCUAGAAGCGAAGACUUCUCUGCCAGCGUGUCGGCGACGCUGUGCAGUGAGCAUUUCAGGCCGGCGGACUUCGACAGGACGGGUCAGACCGUCCGGCUCCGAGCCGGGGCCGUUCCUUCAGUCUUCAGUUUGCCAGCUCAUCUCCACAAGGUAUCUGUAGCGGCAAUGGCUGAGACAAAAAGUCCUCAACCAAUCAAAGAAGAGCAUGUUGAGCUGUGGAUCGUUCAGGAUGGAGGGCGGCUCGUAGUGAAGCAGGAGGCCAGCGCCGCUCUGGAGAGCCCUGCGUGUGAAAUACUCCACCAGGGACCAGAGCAGGUUCUACAGAUUAAAGAGGAACCAGAAUCUGUUCAGAUUAAAGAGGAACCAGAAUCUGUUCAGAUUAAAGAGGAACCAGAAUCUGUUCAGAUUAAAGAGGAACCAGAAUCUGUUCAGAUUAAAGAAGAGCAGGUGGAUCUCUAUGGUGAUCGGGUUAAAGGUCAACUGGAGCCUGAAACCUUCGUUGUGACUCAAACUACAGAGCAAAAAGACGACUGUGAACCAAACCAGAACCAGAUUCUCUCUGCAAACCAUCCUGAAGCUCAGAACCAGCAUCAGCAUGGAAGAACCCAGGAAGCUGUAGAUCUGGAACCGGCGGACAGCAGAAGCCACUGGGACAAUAUGGACGAUUCACCACUGAGACUUGAAACAGGUGAAACGACUUCCUCCUGUGACAGUGAUGAUGAUGAAUUUUUUCUGUCUUGCACUGAAGAAAUCCAGUGCAAGGCUGAGUUUUUGGCUCUUCACAUGGGCAGGAAGCCUUUGUCAUGUCCAAAGCGUGGAAAAUGUUCAGCUCGCUCUUCCAGAAAAAACAAUCGCAGGAAAAGGCGCCGCGGCGAUAAACGCUAUUCUUGCGAAGUGUGUCAUAAAUUCUUCACUCUGAAAUCCAGCUUAGUUUGCCACCUUCGAAUUCACACAGGUGAAAAGCCUUUCUCUUGUAAACUGUGUGAUAAAUCUUUCAAUCAGCGAGGAACCCUGACUAUUCACCUGAGAACUCACACAGGUGAGAAACCUUACUCAUGUGUAACUUGUGGCAAACGUUUCAUCACAAAUUCUUCAUUAACUGCUCAUUGGAGAACUCACACAAAACUGAAGUUGUAUUUUUGUAAAUUAUGUGAUAAAUCUUUUAAACGUCGUGGAAACCUGGCUAUUCACCUUAAAACUCACAAGCAGGACGCUUGUUAAAUUGAUGAAUCUGUUCGUCACCCCAGGGACUUCAGACACACCAGCUGAGUUGGUGGAACAUCAUAUAAAGUUGUAAUUUGACUCUUAGAAGUGAGAUAAGAUCCAGUCUUAUCUAUAAACUGUGUAAUAAAUCUUUUGAAUGCAUGCGUUUUACAGCAAUGGGUUUAGUUUGGCUAGUAAUAAGUUCCAGACACAAACAAAGUUGGUAGCUUUGAUCAAAAUGACCAAGUUAGGGCAACACCUGAUUUUCAGGAUUGUCAAAUGUUCUUUGCUGAAUGGCUGCCCUGAUGAUGGGGGUGUAGAACAAUUCAUGGAGUUGUUGGACUUCCGUUUUACUAAGAUGGGGGGUUCAGCCUC